AUGCGCAUUACGUCAGGUAGACACAACAUGGCCCAAAGUAACAACUGUUGGUGUGGCUGUUGCGCGCAAAACCGUAACCGCUGUAGGCGCCAUUCACUCUUUGGUAUAAAAAGGUGCUUAGAUCAGAUUCAAAUCACUACCAACAGAUCUUUCAAGAUGCAUUCCUCAGCUGUUGUCGCCGCUCUCUUAGUUCUCGGUGUUGCCCUUGUCCGUGCUGACAUGGGAUAUUCCAGCGGUGGAUAUGAUCAAUCAGGGUACACAAGCGGAUACGCAAGUGGAUACGACCAAAGUGGAUACACAAGUGGAUAUACUGGAGGAUAUGCAGGAGGAUAUGACAGCGGGUAUGGAUACAGCACCGGUAUGGGCGCAUAUGGACAGGGUAUGUCCGGAUACGGACAAGGUUUAUCCGGAUAUGGACAUGGUUCAUCCGGAUAUGGGCACAGUACAUCCGGAUAUGGUCACAAGAAAUCCAUGAAAUCCGUCUACGUCCCUUACCCAGUCCCAGUGGAAGCACCCGUCCAGCAGCCACUCCCCCUCCCAGCCCUUGGUCUGGGUGUUGGAGCUGAAACCAGAAACCAGGGAAUCUUUGGAGGAAACGGUGCUCUGCUUUUGGGUCUCUUGGCUCUUACACCAAUCUUGUUGAACAACAACAACUCUGGUUAAACCGUUAAACCCCAAUAGAUCUCCCUUUGCCAAAAAUUAAGAUGUUCUUCGCGGCCCUCAGGGAAGACAAGAUGAAUCUAUAUUGACAGUUUAUUUUAUAUAUGUUGAAAUAAAUACUGUUGUAAAAAACAA